GGCACAACCCUUAUUUUUCACCUAAGCAGUCCCACUCCCAAUUUCAACACAGCUACGCCCACAAACCCUCCCUAUCGCGAAACUGGUGCUGUUUGGUAGCAAGCUACGGCAAUCAAUAACGACAACAACCUUCCACCAAAUUUCCCACCAGCGGCGACCGACACUUAUCGAUCCCAGGGAAUCCUCAUAUCGACCACCCACCAUGUAAGUUGGCCUCGACGGAAAUACGAUUUUUUGCCCCGGAACUCCCGAAGGGGGGGGGAGUAGUCCAUGCAGUGGGGGCAAAAUUCCAUAUCCGAAUAUCUGAUUUUGGCCCCCUACUGCCGGAGUUCAUGGCUAUUGUUACGGUUACGAUAUGGAGCAGGGUGCUGAUUAGGUUUUUCCGGUUCUAGGUCUCUCGUCAGUGGUGAGAAAUCGAACUUCCAGUUCAUUGUAGGUUGCCUCUUCGCUUGUUUUUUUUCUGGAGGCUGGGUGACCGCUCUCUGCUGGCUCCUGUCCGGGCCUUCCUGUGAUGGCAGAAUGAUUGAAAGGCGGGAAUUGUGGUAUUACGGAGAGUAGGAAUGGCAACUGGCGGGAGAUAUCGGAUCAAAAUACAGCCUAUGGCUGAUAAAUAAAUACAUUGGGUUCAUUGCACUGAUGUGUUGCUGUCUUCAGUUGCGUCUCCUCAACACCAAUGUCGACGGUAAACAGAAGGUCAUGUAUGCCUUGACCAAGAUCAAGGGUGUUGGAAGGCGCUAUUCCAACUUGGUCUGCAAGAAGGCCGAUGUCGACCUGAACAAGCGGUAUGCUACACUUCAAGAUCUGCUAUCGCAAUUCUACAUUUGACAUUACUAACACAUAUGUGUUCAGCGCCGGCGAACUUACUACCGAAGAGCUUGAACGUAUCGUCACUAUCAUCCAAAAUCCUACCCAGUAUAAGAUCCCCACCUGGUUUCUCAAUCGCCGACGUGAUAUUGUCGACGGAAAGGACUCGCAGAUUCUUGCCAACUCCCUCGACAACAAGCUACGUGAGGAUUUGGAGAGACUCAAGAAGAUCCGUGCUCACAGAGGUCUCAGACAUUAUUGGGGUCUCCGUGUUAGAGGACAGCACUCCAAGACUACUGGUAGGGUUUCUAUUACAAAAAGAGAGCUACCUAUUAUUUUUGAUACUGACGCAUUAUUUAUUUAGGUCGUCGUGGGCGAACUGUCGGUGUGUCGAAGAAGAAGGGUUAAAGUAUUUUCCUUCUUUGGGGAUCUUUUUCGUUUGGGAUGGGAUGCAGCAUUACUACUCUUCGUCAACUCUCUAUACCGAUGGUAGUGGCAAUGUGCAGGGAAUCAAAAUAAAAUAAAACGGUUUUCGUAAACUUUCUCAUGUUCGGGAAUGAGGUUUCAAAUGACUGUGGUUUAGGGGUCUUUCUAUUUCUGUACAAAGUUAUUCAUUAUUUCCUCCCGAUCCCGCUUCUGAAAUGCUUCUAUUCAGUGCUGUGCCGUGUCGAUCUAUGAAACCAUCGCCCACACUGUAUGAUAUGAGUACGGGUAUGCAACUUUGAAUAAAGUAAUAGCCACUCGGGCCACUUGUAGCAAUCCAUGGGGCCGACAAUUAACUUAAUAUCAUACCGUGCUCGAGUAAAACAUUCUCAGGCCCCUAAGGCCAAGCGGCGCCACGUCGGAAAUACCGGUAUGCUUCUUGAAGAUCUACCAUAGGAAUU